AUGGAGAAUAUCACACCCAUUGCAGUAACCCCUGUUGCUAUGGUUGUUCCAUCCAUGGAGUCGACUGAUGAUCCUCCAGUGCCUCCUACAGUCGCGUCUGCAUUGCCUAAUCCCUGUCGUGACAUUGUCCUCUACCAGUCGGAGGUUGGUGGUUCUGCACAUUUCCCGAGUUCAGAGUCAACCCCGUCUCCUCCCUCACCUCCGGUCAGUCAGAAACCUCGUACGUUUCUAGGUAAGGCUCCUCCUAUCUCUAAAAAGGUUCGUCCUUCACUUUCAUCUCCUUCCCCACUUGUGUCCAAACGAGUCACUCGUUCUUCGUCGAGUCACCAAUCUCCCUCGAAACCUAUAGGCCCUCCUCGUCCUCCAUCUAAGAAAUCCAAGAAAAAACCCACUCCAGUUGCCUCUACAGAGUCAUCUCCCAAACGGUCGUCUAGAGGUUCUAAAAAGUCCAAACUUCCCAAAGUACCUAUAUCAACUGUCGACCCAGCAACAGUACAAUGCUUUGUUGAUGCCUCUAAAGCCUCUGUCUAUCAACGGUGGUUUGGCAGUCGUGAGCUUUGGUUCAAACAAGUGGUCAUAUUAGAUGAUUUUCCUGAACUGCAUGAGUUUUUAAAACUUAGGAAAUGGGUCAACACGGUCACUAACUUGUCUGCUCCCCAUCCCAUAUUAGUUCGAGAAUUCUAUGCCAAUCUGGAUAGAACUGUUAUUGCUGAGGGUCAUCCAGGGUGUGUGAGUGCCUUUGUUAGGGGUCAUAGAGUUCCUUUUGGUCCUUCCACUAUUGCGUCCUUAUUGCAAGUUGAGUCCAUCAGGAAUCCAACAUAUGGGAAACACUUCAAUCCAGAUCAAUCUUUGAUGGGUCGAGUGCUAACUGGCAGGGAUGACUAUACUUGGGACAAACAGGAAAUUCUGGUCACUCACUUGACUCCAUUCUAUAGGGUUCUUCAUCGAGUAGUCUUGUACAAUUGGUUUCCUAAUUCUCACUUGUCUGCUGUUACACUUGAGAUUGGCAAGUUCUUGUAUGCUGUAGGCACUAAUGUGUCCAUUGAUAUGCCCUCGCUCAUUUUUGAACGGGUACUGGAAGCCUCUGAAUCCACUGGCACUCGUAACAAGCUACCAUUUCCAAGUUUAGUUCAACGAGUUCUUAUGGAUGCUCACCCUCCACUCACAACGCAUGAUUAUCAAGUUCAGAAUCCGGUUCUCAGUAAGAGCUUUCUAUCGGUGGUCAACAGGAAGCCUUCUUCAACCACUCCCUCAGGAACCACAGUGAGAAAAGGCAAGUCUCCUAUGUUCAAAGGACUCUCGGAUUCCAGCUGGCAGGUACAAAUGUUUACUGAGUUUCAAUCUUUUGCCAAACGCUAUAAGAAGGAUCAAAAGCAUCAGCUUGCCUUUGAGGCCUCAAUGUAUCAAAUGGUUUGUUCUAUCAAGUCCACUCUUUUGCACCAUUUUCCUGGGGAUUCUCUGCCUGACAUCUCUCUGCUUGAGUUUCAUCGUGAUUCGUUUGGCGCAUCAUCAGACACAUCUGGGAAUAAUGCACAUAUGCAGGGGGAGCCUUCAGCCUUGGAUCCUGUCACUAGUUCAGCACAACCUGAUCUAGAUCCUCCAACUGACACUGCAACACCCUUUGUGUCGACAGGACCACCUUCCCAGGGGGAGUCUGGCACAGCACAGGAACCUACAGAUCAUAUUCAAUGA